GCGACAAGCGAGGAAAAUUGCGCCAUUCGAGUUGUUAUUUUCAGUUCCUGCCCCUCCGAUUUUUUUCUCUUGCCCAAUAAAAAUUCCCAAAGGAAAAACUCCCGCUUUCUACUCUCCCCUUCAUAAACCUCUCCUUCCCCCCCUCAUCCAACCCAACUUUUCAUUUCUUCCGAGAGACACUCUUGGGCUACGCAUUUUCUUUGGGUGCAUAGAAUUAAUCAACUCGUACUUUCUUACUUCACACUCUACCGUCACAAUGCCUGCUACCAACGGCCAUGCUAGCUCCUUGAGCACCCCCCGAAACCCCGGGGCUUUCCUCUUCACCUCCGAAUCCGUCGGUGAAGGUCAUCCCGACAAGAUCUGUGAUCAGGUCUCAGAUGCCAUUCUAGACGCCUGCUUGGCGCAAGACCCCCUCUCUAAGGUUGCCUGUGAGUCGGCUACCAAGACCGGUAUGAUCAUGGUAUUCGGUGAGAUCACGACCAAGGCCACCAUCGACUACCAAGCCGUCAUCCGAAAUGCCAUCAAGGACAUCGGAUAUGACUCCUCCGACAAGGGCUUCGACUACAAGACCUGCAACGUCCUCGUUGCCAUUGAGCAACAGUCCCCCGAUAUCGCUCAGGGUCUUCACUACGAGAAGGCCCUCGAGGAGUUGGGCGCUGGUGACCAAGGUCUUAUGUUCGGCUAUGCCACCAACGAAACCCCCGAACUACACCCUCUCUCCCACCUUCUCGCCCACAAGCUGAACAAGGCUAUGUCUGACGCUCGCCGGGAUGGAUCUCUCCCUUGGCUCCGACCUGACACCAAGACCCAAAUCACUAUGGAGUACAAGCACGAUGGCGGCGCUGUCGUUCCCCUCAGAGUCCACACUGUUGUCAUCUCUGCUCAACACAGUGGCGAUGUCAACACAGAACAGGUCCGAAAGGAGCUGAAGUCCAAGAUCAUCGACACCGUUAUCCCCAAGCAGUACAUUGAUGAUGAAACUAUCCUCCAUCUCCAACCCAGUGGUCUAUUCAUCAUUGGUGGUCCCCAGGGUGACGCCGGUGUUACCGGCCGAAAGAUCAUCGUCGACACCUACGGUGGAUGGGGAGCCCACGGUGGUGGUGCUUUCUCCGGCAAGGACUUCUCCAAGGUCGACCGAUCUGCUGCCUACCUUGCUCGAUGGGUUGCCAAGUCUCUCGUCGCUGCCGGUCUCGCUAAGCGAGCGCUGGUCCAACUCAGUUACGCUAUCGGUGUAGCUGAGCCCUGCUCUAUCUACGUCGACUCCUACGGCACCUCUGACAAGACUGCCGAGGAAUUAGUCGAGAUCGUCAAGGCCAACUUUGACCUCCGACCUGGCGCUAUCGCCAAGGAACUUAACCUAAUCCGCCCCAUCUACAACCAAACAGCCAAGUUCGGUCACUUCGGUACCAACCAGGAAUUCACCUGGGAGCAGCCCAAGGCGCUCAAGUUCUAAGCUAAUGAAUUGUAGAGUUCCGCUGGGGGGAUCUUGUCACAUUUAUAGUAGCGGAAGAAUCAACUUCUUUCUGCAUUGCGACUGGCGUUGUUGGGUGUGUUAUCUAGAAGACAUAGGAUUCCCUCAUCGGAAAAUGUCAUGAAAAUUUUGGGCAUGGCAGCAUGGCGUACGGUUUCAACAUACCUGGUUUGGGCAAAGGCACAGAUAAAGUGGCAUCUAUGGGGUCACCGGUCUGGUAAAGGCGGAUAAAAUACCUUAAACAUCCGCAUUGCAUUUAUUCAACACGGCAAUACGUCCAAAGGGACAAAAAUAAAGAUACCA